CACACUGCUACAUAGCUCUAAAUGGUCACACUCUUCAGACUGUGUACAGUGCAGGAACACCCAGAGACAAGGAGCCAGGGGCAUGCAGCAGGCAGAAAAUGGACCACGUCUUGGAAAAAGAGUUGAAAAUGGAAGAGGAGAGAAAAGCCUGAGGCUGAUCCGUACCAAGGACCCCAAGGGCCCUGAAAUGAGAAGUUGCCCCCACUCGAAGGAAGAUAUAUUCACACCUACCAGGAACCCUGGCACAGAGCCCACGGUCCACAAGCCAGAGACCGGGCUUCACCAUCCUGGGUGCCUGCCUCCCUCAUCCUCAGGAGCAUGGGAGAUGCCCACCAUCGGGGAGACCCUGGCAUCUGGGUCCAGGACAGUCAGUAGGAGGUACCUGAGCUCCCUGAAGAACAAACUCUCCAACGAGACCUGGAGGAAAUCUUGCCAGCCCGGGACCUACCCUGGACCCGAGGCACAGGAGCCUGAGAAGAGGAUUGUCAAGGAGCUGCUGGAGACUGAGCAAGCCUACGUGGCACGCCUGCACCUGCUAGACCAGGUGUUCUACCAGGAGCUGCUGAAGGAGGCCCGCAGCACCAAGGCUUUCCCUGAGGAUGUGGUCAAGCUCAUCUUCUCCAACAUCUCCUCCAUCUACCAGUUCCACUCGCAGUUCUUCCUCCCAGAGCUGCAGAGGCGGCUGGAUGACUGGACCGCCACCCCCCGCAUUGGUGACGUGAUUCAGAAAUUGGCCCCCUUCCUGAAGAUGUACAGUGAGUAUGUCAAGAACUUUGAGCGAGCUGCUGAGCUGCUGGCUGCCUGGACUGACAAGUCUCCACCCUUCCAGGAGGUUAUUACCCGCAUUCAGAACAGCAAGGCCUCGGGCAGCCUGACCCUGCAGCACCACAUGCUGGAGCCUGUGCAGAGAAUCCCACGCUACGAGCUGCUGCUCAAGGAUUAUGUCCAGAAGUUGCCAGCCCAGGCUCCAGACCGGGCUGAUGCCCAGAAAGCCCUUGACAUGAUCUUCUCAGCCGCACAACACUCCAAUGAAGCCAUUACUGAGAUGGAGCGGCUGCAAGACCUGUGGGAGGUGUACCAGCGCCUGGGCCUCGAGGACGACAUCGUAGACCCCUCCAACACCCUGCUACGUGAGGGUCCCGUCCUCAAGAUCUCCUUCCGUCGCAGCGGCCCUAUAGAGCGCUACCUUUUCUUGUUCAACAACAUGCUGCUGUACUGUGUGCCCAGGGUCAUCCAGGUAGGCGCCCAGUUCCAGGUGAGGACCCGCAUCGACGUGGCUGGGAUGAAGGUUCGCGAGCUGACUGAUGUGGAGUUCCCCAACUCCUUCCUGGUGUCCGGGAAGCAGCGCACCCUGGAGUUGCAAGCCCGGUCCCAGGAGGAAAUGAUGUCCUGGAUACAGGCCUGCCAGGCAGCCAUUGACCAAAUCGAGAAGCGGAACGAAACCUUCAAAGCUGCCAUCCAGAGUCCCGAGGGAGACACUCAGGAGCUGGAGCUGCAAUCUGAGGAGCUGGGCCUCCGGGCGCCACAGUGGGUCCGGGACAAGAUGGUGACCAUGUGCAUGCGCUGCCAGGAGCCCUUCAAUGCCCUGAGGCGCCGACGCCACCACUGCCGGGCCUGCGGCUAUGUGGUGUGUGGCAGGUGCUCCGACUACCGGGCUGAGCUCAAAUAUGAUGACAACAGGCCCAACCGAGUCUGCCUCGACUGCUACACCUUCCUCACCGGAAAUGUGCUCCCUGAGGACAAGGAGGACAAGAAACGGGGCAUCUUGGAGAAGGGGUCCGCAGCAGGGUCCGAGCAGAACCUAAUGUGCAGCUUCCUGCAGCUGGUCGGGGACAAGUGGGGCAAGAGCGGCCCCCGGGGCUGGUGUGUGAUCCCCCGGGACGACCCCCUUGUGCUCUACAUCUAUGCUGCCCCUCAGGACAUGCGGGCUCACACCUCCAUCCCCCUGCUGGGGUACCAGGUGAUCGCUGGGUCCCAGGCCGACCCCCGGGUCUUCCAGCUACAACAGUCAGGCCAGCUCUACACCUUCAAGGCAGAAACCGAAGAGCUGAGGGGCCGCUGGGUGAAGGCCAUGGAGCGGGCAGCCAGCGGCCGGAGCCCUGGGGAGCCCAACAGCGGGGACCUGUCUGACUGAGCCACAACUGGCCACUCUCCCCUCCGAGCCCAAUUCCUGCCACGGGUUGAUCCUGUGGCCUCUGUAACCCACCACCCCAAGCUGAGCUUUCAAGUAAUUGAUGUCCAGUCAUCUCUGCCCAGACCCCGUGUCCUGAUUUGGUUUUCAGAAAAUAUGUUCUUUUGGAGAGGGGGUGACCCUCUCCAAAACCAGAGGGUGAUUUGCCCUGGUUUGCCCGGGGGGGCGGGGGUGGUUCCUGGGACCCGGGACUUCCAGUGCUAAAAGCAGGAAAGUCCCAGAUAACCAGGAACCAUUGGUUCUCAGCCUGAACUGUACAUCAGCAUCACCUGGGAAACUUUCAAAAAAUGCCAGUGAAAAGAUAAAUGUGAGAAUAAAUUAAAAUUUACA